AUGUAUGAUCCCAAGAACACCAAACCCACAGUGAAGUAUGAAGUACAAGUCCAGAAAAGUGAGUCCAAACCCAGAUUCAUACGGUACCAGUCAUGGAACACAAAGAUGUAUCCAGUUUGGAAAGAAGGAGACCCACGAUACAGAAACAGCUGGACAGGUGGAGAUGUGAAGUUUGAUGUCCGUAAUGAUGCGCCGACUCUGACUGGUGCUAGAGUCACAUUCAAUAUCGACAUUCUCUUCCCAUCCAGCCAGACGGUGCAGCCUGAUGGAGAGGUCGUUUGGGCCAAAAACUGCAUUGUCAAUGGCACUCAGCGCCACAAGGGUAAGCCGGUGUACCCUCAGGAGAAUUCCGUGGAUGACAGGAAUGCUGUUUUCCCUGAUGGUUCUCCGCUCGGCAAGCACGGAGACAAGAAACCACCCUAUGUGUUUGUAUGGAAGACGUGUGGAAAAUACUGGCAGGUAUCUGACGGACCGUCCUCCUCUCUCACCAUCGGCACAGACAACAUUCCUCUCGGUUCCUAUGUAAUGGAUGUGGUUAUCUAUCACUACAGAAAGAGGGAAAAAUUCAUCCCCAUCGGAUACGCCUCCACUCAGUUCUGCAUCACUGAUCAGAUCCCCUUUGCCGUCACUCUUUCACAAGUGAACGAUAAAGAUGAAGGUGAUCAGAAGUUUAUCCGGAACCGAGCCGUUGCUUUCAGCGUAGCCCUCCAUGACCCCAGUGAGUACUUGGGGGAUUCGGACAUCACCUUUAACUGGGACUUUGGGGACGGCAGUGGCACGGUCAUCUCCAGAGAGCUGACGGUCACUCACACGUACACUGCCACCGGCUCCUUCAAACCCCACGUCGUCGUACAGGCAGCCAUUCCAGAUCCGUCCUGUGCCACUCCUCCAAACACACCUACUGACGCCAGCCCCACUGAAAAGAGCUUUCUCUCAGAGGAGCGCUCCCAGCCUGCUCAGCUUAGCUCAACAGACAGUCCAGGUAAGGAGGCUGCAGAUGUCAUGGGGCAGUCCAGUUCUGGCAUUAAAACAACUCCUCCUGCACCCACAAAUGGCGCCGUCGACCCAGCAGGGUCAGCUGAGCAGAGUUCUACCAUCUCAUCUCAGACUGAAGAAGCUGCUUUUCCUGAUGCAUCAGAUACAGCCAGCUCUGCCUCUGCAGUGGAUGAUGCUACAGAAGUGUCUGGGUCAGUGAUAGAUCCAGAUGCUGUGGUGGACAGAGAGACUUUAGGGGUCCAAGCUGCUGUUGUGAUCGAGAAACGCGAGGCAUCAGAUGUGGAACUGGAUUGUGUUAUUUACCGCUAUGGCUCCUUCUCCACUGGAAUUGAAGUAAUUGAGGGUAUUGAGAGUGUGGAGAUCGUACAGGCCACCAGCACGUUUCUGAUGGCUGAAUUGGAGCAGAAUGCUGUGGACUUCACUGUGACCUGCCAGGGAAGUUUGCCUACAGAGGUGUGCACUGUGGUGUCCGACGCAGACUGUCUCUCACCAGUCAAAACUGUCUGCAACACUGUGAGCCCUUCCCCAGAGUGCCAGAUGGUUCUCCGCCACUUCUUCAACGACUCUGGAGUGUUCUGCAUCAACGUGUCCAUGACUAAUGAUGUUAGCCUGGCUGUCACUAGUGCCAGAGUAAAUGUGAUGAUAGCUGGUUCUAGGUUUACCAGCAUGGGCACUAUUGCCAUGGUGUUGGGCAUCCUGGCUGUCGCAUCAGCAGUAGGGACUGUGGCGUUUGCCUACAAGCGUCUGAAAGGCUACCAGCCCCUUUCUGAAGUUCUUGUUGCAGGCCAGUCUGGAAGUGCAGGAUGGAGCUCAGUGCCUUCGUUCCUCUGGAGCCUGGUGAACCAGCAGGUGCCUGGACAGAAGCGUUCAGUCCUUCUACGCAGGGUGGUGUAA